AUGCCUAUGGCAGUGGCUGCGAGUCCUUUGUUCUUCUCCUUCAAAGGCCCGGCGAGGCCACCGAGUCUCACGCGCCGAGAUUUCUCUCUUCUCCGUCUGAAGAUUGAAUUUCUGCCGACAAACAUUAUGCCACACCAAAUCACCGAAUUCCGGGUACACACGACUCAACUCCCGCUAGCCGGCGGCGGAGGGAAAGCCAUUUCUUAUGCUACCCUGUUUGAUGAAAGCAGAAACGACACCGACCAAGCAAAGGACACCGAGACGCUCUUGAGGCACCAUCCCGCUAUCUGCGCCGACGCCACUCGGCUGUCAGCGCAGCAUGCUCUCCACCCGGUCGGGGUGGCCCUGAACGGCGCAGGGGAAAUUGGACUCUACGACAUCCUGGGCGAGCUCUCGUCAGACAGCGAGGCACUGUCGGAUCUCUCAUCCAUCAACGAGGUGUCCCUGGAGGGGCGCUGGACUCGGGCGGAACAUGAGCCCCAUCUCCCGAACGAGACCUACAUCCACUACCGUCUCCCGGUGUACCGCCCGCUCUCGAAGUUCGCCGACGUCUCGCGCAGCGCCAGGGACAUCGUCGGAGUGGUAUUGCAGGGCAUCGUAUGGCACGCGGACCUUUACGAAUCCGGCGAGCUCCACCGCAGGCUCGACCUCAACACCAUCCUCGGCGCGCCGGGUCUCUCGGGCGAGAUGGAGGUGGCCGGCUUCCUCUUCGACUACGAGCCCGCCAAUGAGUAUCGGCUGAAAGCGUUCCCGCUCGCUGACGUGAGGCGUCUCGUAGCUGGGCUGGAUCUCCCCGAAGAGCAGCUGGUGGAGGUGAUGGCGGGGCUGUCUCUCGCCAGUGGCGCACUUGGAAUGUAG